UGCCCAACUGUUUUCUCCUAACCCUCUCAUAUAUUCAAAGCUAAACCCACCAUUUUCAACUGCUCUCUGAAGCUAUAAACAGCUCAGAAGUCAGAGCUGCUCCAAACCUCCAUUCUUAACCGUGUAGAAAGCUCUGAGUUUGCUCAGUUGCCGUGUACUCUUUCACUUCGACCAUGGAGGCCUGUGUCUAUGAACAGCUCAAAUCUCAGCCGCCAUGGCUUCUCGUGCUACUAGCUCUCGGAUUCUUGAAGCUUCUCGCCUUGUCUGUAACCGUUCUCAAAUGGGUCCACGUCAAUUUCCUCCGCCCGGGGAAGAAUCUCAAGAAAUACGGGUCAUGGGCGCUGGUGACGGGGCCGACCGACGGUAUCGGAAAAGGGUUUGCGUUUCAGUUAGCUCGGAAAGGGCUGAAUUUAGUUCUUGUGGGGCGGAACCCGGAGAAGCUGAAAGAUGUUUCCGAUUCGAUAAAGGCCAAGUACGGGCAGACCCAAAUCAAGAGUGUGGUGGUGGAUUUCUCCGGCGAUUUGGACGACGGCGUUCGGAGAAUCCGGGAGGCGAUUGAGGGGAUAGAUGUCGGAGUUUUGAUUAACAACGUCGGCGUUUCUUAUCCGUACGCGAGGUUUUUUCAUGAGGUGGAUGAUAAGCUUUUGGCUGAUCUGAUUAAAGUCAAUGUGGAAGGGACUACUAAGGUUACUCAGGCGGUUUUACCGGGGAUGAUUCAGAGGAAGAAAGGAGCUAUCGUCAAUAUUGGCUCCGGCGCCGCCAUUGUUAUCCCUUCAGAUCCCCUUUAUUCUGUCUAUGCCGCCACUAAAGCAUACAUUGAUCAAUUUUCAAGAUGCCUUUAUGUGGAGUACAAGAAAAGUGGGAUUGAUGUGCAAUGUCAGGUACCCUUAUAUGUUGCAACGAAAAUGGCAUCAAUCCGGAGAUCUUCGUUCUUUGUUCCAUCAACUGAUGGUUAUGCUCGGGCUGCCUUGCGUUGGAUAGGUUAUGAACCUAGGUGCACGCCAUAUUGGCCCCAUUCGCUUCUAUGGGGCUUGCUCUAUUCAUUGCCCGAGUCAGCAGUUGAUGCUUGGCGUCUGAAGUUUUGCCUCGGAAUCAGAAAGCGAGGGCAGCUCAAGGACUCGAGGAAGACCGAAUAGGAGCCACUAGUCUUGCCCAUCCCAUUGUUUCGCUGUUAUUUUCAGUUUCAUUUAUACUAUGAAUGAUUUCCAUGUUAUCUGAAACUGCAAUUUGAGGUGGUAGGACUUCCUUUGUUAUAGCUUUAUUUGCCUUAUGUACCCUUCUUCUUCCUCUAAAUAAUUUCUAAGUUUGGCUGAUGACUUUAGUGCCUUUU